GGCUCAGUCCUCUUUGUCGCGCGGACGGGACGUCGCUCGCGUGCGCGCCUAGCUGCAAAGUCGUGUGCUCUCGUCUCUUCUUUACACCGUUUCCUCGGGGCGCAGCGACAGCCGACAAGCGCGCCCGAGCCAACCGAGAUAGUGUCGCGCGAAUGCAAGCCCAGCAGCUGGACCCACUGAUGCCCCAGUGUCAGAGGCCCAGGUGACCAGUCCCCUUCCCCUCUCUGUCUCUCUAUCACUCUCCGCCCCCCCCCCCCCCCCCUUCAUCGACACUCACACGACAACAAAUACUCAGUCGUUCCUGUCUGCCUCGCUCGCGCGCUCUCGCCAGCAGCACACGCAGUGCUCGUUGCGUCCCCGUCGCAGGUGUGCGUGGGUGUCUGUGUUGUGCGCCCAGAGAGACUCUCGCUCCAGCAACAACACCAGCAGGCUAAAUGAGGCUAAUGGAACCGCUGGGCGUCGACGUGAAAGCGGUGGAGUUGCAGUCGCUGAAGCGAUGGACCGAUUUCCCGAGCCGACCGUCUCCCAUCGGAGACCUAGCCGACUCGGCUCACUACACCGUCAGCCCGUUUCCCUGCCAGCCCUCGCUCAACAAUAAAAUCGCAAUAUGGACCGGGGACGUCACUCUGCUGCAGGUGGACGCGAUAGUGAAUCCGACGAGCGAGACGAUGGACGACAACAGUCCGCUGUGCCAAAGAAUCCUCGCUCGCGCCGGGCCUGACCUCAAGAAAGAGAUCUACAACGAAGUGAAAGAAUGCAGAACCGGCGAGGUGAAGACGACGCAGGGUCACGACCUGCCGGCCCGCUUCAUCAUCCAUACCGUGGGGCCAGUGUACAACACCAAGUACCAGAGCGCCGCGGAAAGCACGCUGCACUGCUGUUACAGGAACGUCUUGCAGAAGGCACGGGAGUUGGGCUUGAGGAGCAUCGGCCUGCCGGUGAUCAACUCCGUCCGACGCAAUUACCCUGCCGAGGCAGGAGCUCACAUAGCGCUGAGAACGUUGCGGCGAUUCCUCGAGCAGUACAGCGAGUCGAUGGGCUGCGUGGUGCUGGCGCUGGAGCCGGGCGAUCUUGGCAUAUACGAGGUUCUGCUGUCGCUCUACUUCCCGAGGACUCUGGCCGAAGAGGAGAACGCCUGCUAUCAGCUGCCGCCCGAUAUCGGCGGCAUGGACGGCGAGCCGCAGUUGCCCGAUCGACAGAUUCGCAUUAUCGACAAUCCUCAGCACGCGCUUCACGGUGACGAGACGGUGGAGAUAACGGCCCACCUGGAGACGUCGGUCAACUUGGGCGAGCACGCGUUCACGCAGAUGCAGGGUGAUCUGGACCGACAGCGAUUGUUGGGGGAGCGUCCGACGGCCGAUCCUAUAGCCGACAUCAUGCUCAAGGAGAUGCAGCACAAGGAACGAUACGAGCGGUUACUCAGACGUGCCAAAAUGGAAGAUCUGACGGAGGUGUCGGGAAUCGGAUGCCUCUAUCAAAGUGGAGUCGAUCGUCACGGACGACCGGUCGUCGUCUUUUUAGGCAAAUGGUUUCCAGCCAAUAACCUCAAUCUCGAUAAGGCCUUAUUGUACCUGAUACAGCUGAUGGAUCCAAUUGUCAAGGGGGACUACGUGAUCGCCUACUUUCACACUAUGACCGUCAGCAAUAACUAUCCCAGCUUGCAUUGGCUCAAGGAAGUUUACAACGUACUUCCCUAUAAGUAUAAGAAGAACUUGAAGCAGUUCUACAUCAUCCACCCAACGUUCUGGACCAAGAUGAUGACCUGGUGGUUCACGACGUUCAUGGCGCCAGCGAUCAAGCAGAAAGUGCACAGUCUACCUGGAGUGGAGUAUCUGUACGAAGUGAUGUCGCCGGACCAGCUGGAGAUACCAGCCUACAUAACCGAAUACGACAUGACGAUAAACGGCCUGAGGUACUACCAGCCGGAGCACUACAGCAGCGGCGCGUCGACGUAACUGCCGGCGGCGAUCCUCGUCUAGCUAGACGAGGCGGCCCGUCGUCAAGGUCGACGUUCGUCAGCACGUAGGGCUUGCUUGAUCAGUGGCCGUAUGAUGCUCGUCGAGUACGCCACUUAGAACAUAACCGAGAGCGGGUCGUGAGCAGCAACAACAGCAGAGCAUCCGUUGCAAGGCAGCUCAAGUGCCAAACGCGCCACUGCCAGACAACAACAAAAAAUUAAGUAAAGCCGACUGCCAUCGGUGGCCAAUAUGUCUUAAUAUUACUCGGGACGAUCAUCAGCCUUACAUGUACACAUACACGCGCAUACACGCGCAUACACGCGCAUACACGCGCAUACACGCGCAUACACGCGCAUACACACAUACACAAGUAUACGUACUCACGCAAAUCCGCAAAUACACAUGUUUUUUCCAACUUCCUAAUCAAUGCAAUUACUGUGCUUUAUGCUUUGGCACUUGGCUGCCUAAAAAUUGUCACACAUUCCACGUUGGAUACUUACAAUAAUAAUAUCUGUUGCGAGAGUGAGAAGGAAAGAGGGAGAAUUUCGUUCCGUUGGUUAUGUACACAUGUCGAGUGCAAGCGCGAAAGCUUGAAUGGUGCGAAAGACGAAUGAGACGUUUUUAUUAAUCUAAUUUUUUUUAGCGGAAACGUCGUUGUUAUAUUACAUACACAUACUUGCGCGACGUAAUGGCCUAGGAGCCCUACACUCGGUCGUUAUUAUGUUUUUCUUCUUAAAAAUAAUUAUUUGUCUUUUUUAUUGCGAAUCCGAGCAACGGUGAUCGUGCUUACAUAUGCGUGUGCUGCAUGUUCAAUUUUUUUUGCUGCGGAUGUGCUUUGUGCUUACGUUUUUGUUUUAACCGUCGUGUUUUUAUUACCUUGUGAUCAUAGAUGCGUGCUUUUUAUAACUACCUGUUCAUUUUACGCUUUACAUAAUUCAUUUUAAUUAUUGUUAGUUCAUACACAGGAUGGCGUGGAAUACAAUAUUCGGUACAUAAUACAAUAGAGAGAAUAGAGGAUAUUUUUGUCAGAGUAAAUUAUGAAAGUUGCCUAUGUCUACAUCCAGAAGCUUAAUUAUACGUAUAUUGCGAAGGGCAGGCACGAUGAAACUAAAUGUCACUGUACCAUUUGUGAUCCCAUUUACAGGAAGAAUCGUCGGACUACGUAGUAUGCUCUCGAUUAUAUAUCUCGUGUGAAACAGUCGAAAAAGGGACAUUUGCGGGGCGAUCCCUUGUCUAUAUAUACCAAAAACUGUAUUAGCACUUAAAUGUUGAAUUUCAUUUUGAAUUUUUGAGAGUUUACGCAAAUGAGGCGUUUUUAAGAAAGGAAAAAAAUUGUUCAAACUACGAGAAAAAAUUAAUAAAUAUAUUAUCCAUUUAUGAAUAUACCACGACAAAGAAGGUGUUCGCAUUCACAUAGUCGAGUAUAAUCGUAAAAAUACUACGCAAAAAUGCUGAAAAUAAAAUGUAAAGUUUUUUAUUUUCAAACGAAAAAGCAUUUCCAUGUUUACGGUGUUAUGAGGAUUGUAAUUAUUUCAGUAAUUAUAAUAUUUUGUAAUUUUCGCGGCAAUGUAGAUGAAGAAAAAAAGAAAUUGACGAAAGAUAUUACCUUAGAUUAGGCUAACAAUAAGAAAAACAAUCAGCGUAGUAUAAGAAUUAAGACAGUAUGUAAUGGGCGGAAAACGAAAAUUCAUAGCGAGUAAAUAUUAUAUGACAGCCAGCUCAGCUAUUUUUUAAUAAAAAAUUAGCAUAAAUGCAUCAAAAAUUGGUUAUCUGAAGACUCAGAGAUUAUAUAUGAAUAAAUGACAACAAAGAUCCACGUGUAUAACAAAUCAAGUCGGUCGUUAAAUGAUGUUCUUGGUAUGAUGUCUUAAAUAAAUGUGCUACAAAACAGAUCGGUACCCACGUAAAUGCGCCAAAUUUAAAGAAUUACAAUGUAGUUAAGCCGUAACGAGAAUCAAUUAAAUUUUUACUUAGUAAUAGCUUUUGAAGUAACUACUAAUUGCCGAAGAACGAUAAAGCGACGUUCAGUGUAACGCUUAUUAAACUUUAGGACUCAAAGACCGUAAAAAAAUCGCUCGGGUGCAAGCAUAUCAAUCGUUUCAAAGUAUAUUAAAAAAAAAGAGAGAUGUACUGUGAAAUAAUUAACAUCAACGUUAGGAGGAAAUGAGUUCUACAAUAAAAAAAUUCAAUUUUUCACUUUUUGACUCGUUAAAUACUGCACUGAGAAAUAAUUAAAAAUGCAAAUUUACCGUUAAUGUUAUUAUAAUAAAAGAAAAACAAAUUUUUUAAUAUUAAUGCGAGAAAAGAUCGUUGUAAAAAAGUCAAAUAAUUGAAAAACAAUACGAUGACAAAAAAUGAAAAAAAAAACAGAAAAUUGAUAUACUCUGUAAAUCUAGACAUUCAAAUACGCACUUCUGUGAUUAGUUACAAUUAAAAAAUCGCUGAUUAAAAAUUACUUUGUUAAUCAUGCGUUGUGAAAAUAUAUAUCCCAUUUACAAAUUAUGAAUGAAUGAUGUCAUACCCGUCAUUAACGAACAACAUACUUGUGUACUAUCUAUAAAACGCUGAAAUAACAAAUCGUUCUAUAUGUAAAUAAUGGUGACAACCAAAUUAUAUCGAUAUUAUACCGCCAUGAUGAAAAACGUAAAUGUAUAGGCGCGUAGAUGCUUGAUCGGCAUUUAUGCGUUCAUACGAACAACAAAAAAAUAAAAGAGCUAACUUAUUUGCAUUAUGUUAAAGGACAAAUCUAUACGUAAACUUCCUUGGCAGGAUAGAGUAAAAUGAUAUAUUUAGUAUCUAGAGAAGGACUUAAAAUAUGAAUAUUACAAAAAAAAGAACAGAAAACUCGUAUAUACGCACCUAUAUUAUAUAUAAAAAAGUAAGAUGUGGAAUCUAUUAAAGGCGUUGUUGCAAGAAAAACGGAGUAAAUAAGGUAGUUUUGAAGUGUCAGAUAAUAGAACUGAGAGCAAAAGCCUAUAAAAAAAAAAUAUAUAUAUAUAUAUAUAUACAUAUAUAUUACGGGAGAAGAAAAAAUCGGUAUUUCCUAGUUCCGAUCUGCUUGUAACUUUAUUUUCUUAUUAUGAAUAAUAUCGAUUGUUGUUAUUGUAUCGAGAUUAUAUCUAUAUUCGAGAUCGUAGACGGUAUAAACAAGAACGAUAUUUUACUAUGUGAGACUUUGCAUCCUAGAUAGCACUAAAUCGAGAAAUAUUUUCAGUAUAUCAGUGCGGGCGUAGAAAAGUUCCUCAUUGAAGUCUCUAAAAAAAUCUCGUUGGCGUUUUCAUUUUGUAUUUGUAUAUACAACUGACUGUAGAAAACAAUCAAAGCAUAAUGUAAUACACAACGUUCUUUUCGAAUCCUGAAACAAUUGGAAGAAAAAGAUAAAAAGCAAAGGGAAAUGCAGUCGUAGUGAAUGAAUAUUUUUUGAGACUUCAGUGGAAAAAAAAUUAAGAUCAAAUUUAGCCUCGAAUUUAGCGGUAGGUGAAGAGUAUCCACUAAAACAAAUAGUACGUACACACUUGCGAGUGAGAUUCCUCCGGUCCUAAGCGAAUUUUUUGGUGAAGUGAGUUUUACCGAGUGCCAUUGAUUUUUUACCGUUAUAAAACUAACAAUAUAUAAAAAUCAACUUUCAACAGUUUUUUCUCCGCCGUACACACGUUUGAGAAUGACGUACACACACGCACGCGCGCGCACACACACACACACACACAACUGA